CCUGUCAGCCUGGUUUCACCGAAGAUGGCGGCACAGACAGAAAGAGGAAUCCCGCUUAGUGCGCGUAAUCCAAACUACCUGCAUUCAAACUCCACCAGUCAUACUUGGCCCUUCAGUGCUUUUGCUGAGCUGAUUGACAAUGCUUAUGACCCAGAUGUCACUGCUAAGCAGUUCUGGAUUGAUAAAACCAUGAUCAACGGCCAGGACUGCCUUACCUUCAUGGAUAAUGGAGCAGGCAUGGACUACGAUAAGAUGUACAAAAUGCUCAGUUUUGGGUUCAGCGAUAAGCAGACGGUGAAUGGCCAUGUCCCUGUAGGCAUCUAUGGUAAUGGUUUUAAGUCGGGCUCCAUGCGCUUAGGGAAGGAUGCCAUCGUAUUCUCAAAGAAUGAAGACAGUAUGUGUGUGGGACUGCUGUCGCAGACCUACCUGGAGCAGAUAAAAGCAGAGCACGUCAUAGUGCCUAUCACCAUGUUCAGAUGCACUGGGAAGACCAAUAUCCUUAUCUAGACAGGGACUGCUUGGCAUGCGGCAAGCCUGCAGGAUAUCCUUCGCUACUCGCUGUUUCAGACUGUGGAUCAGCUGCUGUGUGAGAUUAAAGCCAUCAACAGCCCAAGUUCAACGAACUCCACAGGAACCCGCAUCAUCAUCUGGAACCUCCGCAAGAGUUCAUCGGAACAGUUGGAAUUUGACUUCUCAUCUGAUCGCUAUGAUAUCCGAAUCCCAGCUGAUGUAUAUGAAAGCACCAAGAAGCAGUACAAAAAGCCAGAGCAUGUAAUGCAGUCAGGGCCUGAGAGUGACUACUCACUGCGGGCAUACUGCAGUGUUCUCUACCUGAAACCCAGAAUGCACAUAAUCAUUCGAGGACAGAAGGUGAGAACUGAGCUCAUCUCCAAAAGUCUUGUAUACAUCUUCAAGGACAAGUACAGACCAAAAAUACCAAACAUUCCCAUUUCAAUCACUUUUGGUUACAACACCAAGAGCAAAGAGCAGUAUGGCAUCAUGAUGUAUCACAAAAACCGCCUCAUCAAAGCCUAUGAGCGAGUCGCGUGUCAGCUGAAGGCAAACAACACUGGAGUGGGAGUCAUUGGUGUGAUAGAGUGCAACUUUCUCAAGCCAACUCACAACAAACAAGACUUUGACUACACAGAGGAAUACAGGGAAACCAUGUACAAUCUAAACAUCAAACUUGAAGACUAUUGGAAAGACGUCCAUCAUAGAUUCCAGAAACAAUUAGAAAUCCCUAUACCUGUAGAGGAAAUUCUGAAGCGGCCAGACCAAAACUGGGUGCAGUGUGAUGACUGCCUGCAGUGGAGGAAACUUCCAGAUGGAAUCGAUACUAAAAAACUCCCUGAAAAAUGGUUCUGCCACUUGAACCCUGACCCUCAGUUCAGGAGCUGUGUAGUUCCAGAGCAGCCUGAGGAUUCUGAUCAUGAAGAAGUGUACCAGAAAACAUACAAACAGCAGAAGCAGCCAGACCAAAACUGGGUGCAGUGUGAUAACUGCCUGCAGUGGCGGAAAAUUCCAGAUUGCAUCGAUGCUAAAAAACUCCCUGACAAAUGGUUCUGCCACUUGAACCCUGACCCUCAGUUCUGGAGCUGUGUAGUUCCAGAGCAGCCUGAGGAUUCUGAUCAUGAAGAAGUGUACCAGAAAACAUACAAACAGCAUGACAGAAGUGAGAAAUUGAAGCAGGCACAAAGUAGACAGCAGACCACUUCACCUAGGUCACCCACCCAAGCUACACCCAACUCCAAACCCAACUCCAGCCAUCUCAGACCUGCAGACUCCAGAUUUUCUGAUAACAUGCCAGUCAUCUCCAGUGUGACAUCUCUUUCCACUACUCCUUCAAGAGUGAAGAGAUCCUUGGACCUGAGCGCAAAGACGAGUGUGGAAAAGAGACCCAGGCUGUUAAGUGGCACGACCCCAGGCAGCCCUUCGCCAUCCGCAGCCUCACAAGAGGCCUGUGCUUCACCAUCUGUGUUUAUGUCUGAUGGUACAGAUGCCCAGAAAGGAGCAUCAACUGAUAAUGAUGAUGAUAUUUUUGUCAUUGAGAGUAACAGCACACCUAAGCCCAGUCUGUCAAACUUUGACUUUUCCAUUGUGAAGUCAGAAAGGUGUAAUGAUGACAUUGACAUGGAUACCUCAGUGGCAACGGAGAAUACUGUAGCAGCUACUCUGCCCCCUCCUGGUGGACAAGCCUGUUCCACAACCCAGACAGAGCCAAUGCAAGUCAUGAAACAGGAAGUGGAGCAUUCGGAAGGGAAGGAGGAGGUGGAGAGGGGUACCUGUCAAUCAGAAACAGAACAAGGUCUUCUUCCUCUGGAGAGGAGUACAAAUCAAGAACAGGAGAUAAAGAGCGUAACAAGCUUGGGGAAAGAAAAUGGAGACGUGAAUGAGAGUCACAGUACCAGUGAGGUCACUGACCAGACCCUGGACAGCUGCACAGUGAAGUUGGAGCUACAAGAGGACGAACCAAGAUGUCACCAGAUGUCACAGCUCCUCGAGGCCACCACCCGGGAGCGAGACGAGUACCAGGCACAAGUCCACCUCCUGACCUCCCGGGUGGAGGAGCUCGAGAGCAGCCUCCAGGAACAGACGGAGAAGGCAGGGAAGAAGCAGGAGAGCGAGCAGGAGUAUAAGGCGCUCUACCUGCAGGCACAGGGAGAGAUGGAGCAGUUCCGACAUGAGCUUGAAAAGCUGAAAAGGGAGAAGGCCCAGGCAGGGGUGGUGAAUAAGGGGGAGGGUCAGGAGGGUGGUGCAGGAGAAGGAGCACAAAGUGAUGGAGGUACAGCAGUGCCAGAUGUGGAUGAUGAGCUGGCAUGUCAGGUGGACUUUCUGAUGAGGGAACUGGACCAAAGAACCAAGCAGAAAGAAGAGCUGGAGAACAGGUUGAAAAAUCUAAAGGAUGAGAACAGCUUUUUGCUGACUUGCUGUGAAGGCCUGCAGAAAGAUUUAGAAGAAAUGAAUAGAGACAGAGAAAGAGUGAGAUUAAGUGUAGAAGAUGGAGGGUCUCAGACAGACUUCCCUCAUCACAACCAAGACGAUAACGGAAUGGCUCCAGCAGGACCUUCCAACCCAGGAAGAGCCUCACAGGGUGACCCACAGGGAGGACCAGAGACUGAGAGUGGACAAGGAGACACCACACAGACAUGCAACCUCAAGUUAAGGGAACUCAGGCAGAAUGUUACACAUCUUCUGAUCAAUUUUGUACCUGCUCUGGACCUUCAGCAAGUGAACUUCGAUUGCGAUGUCAUUGAUGAGAUUCUCGCUCAGGUUUUAGAUCUGAUCUCUUCUCCUCUGGCAGCAGGACAGAGCUCCUAAAGCACAGUCUGUGUAUUUAAGUAUAUUGCCUGGCAUUGUGUUCACUAAUAUGCAAUAUGUUAACUAAUAUGCAAUAUUUAAUAUUUAUCUUUUUUUCUAGUUUCCAAAGGUUAUUUCCUAUUGUACUUUAUUGCCAGUGGAGCCUGGUAAUUGGUCGAACUAAAAGAUAUGGUGAGGAAACUACUCAUGAUGUUGAAUUCGGAUUGAACUUGAGUGAAACUAAAUGGAGUGUAAAGAGUAUUGUGAGGCUUGUAUUGACCCAUGUAUUACACACAUUAAAGUAUAUCAGAAUGUAUUAACAUUAGUAAUUUGAUUUGGGCAGUGGUAGCUCAGUGGUUAAGGUUGCUGGUUCAAGCCCCACUAGUGCCAUGUUUCCACUUUUGGGCACCUGAGCAAGACCCUUAACCAUCAAUUACUCAAUCAAUUAAUCAAUUACUUAGUUUAGACAUUUGCAAUAUUCUAAACUGAAGAUCAUAUUUAAUGAUUAGUUCCAUCUGUAAUCAGUUUGUUAUUUUGAAUAUUUUAACAUUCUGUUUCUAAUGCUUGAUCAUUCAAGAUCAUAUUUGAUAUAUUUAUGUUAGGCUACUUUUGUUAUUUAUGUUACUUAUAUGAAAUUACUUAAUUUUGGCACAUUACUCUGUAGUAAAUGAAAACAAAAACAGGAAGUUGAUGACUAAAAAGCAUAGCUUACACAACAUAUUCAAAUAUGAACUUCAUUGUAGGCUACUUAUAGUAGGCAUCUAAUACAAUACUUAUUGUAGGCAUCUAAUGCCACUGCAUUUGUUUAAAGGGAGGCGAUAUGGUUUGUUAUCAUAGGAGAUUGUUGUCAUAGUGCAUCAUUAAUGUAUAUGCCUCAACGCAGUUUUCUAGAAACACUGAUAUUCUAGAAACACUGAAAUGUUAACUUUGAUGAAAUAAGUAAUCUAUCUUCUCUCUGGUUGGAAGUGAUCUGAUUUAGGUAUGUUUGAAAUGCCAUAACAAAAUAAAAAUC